GGCUAUGCUGAAAGUAGCCUGGGAGAAGAUAUGCGCCGAUCGAUACGCUGACUUCACCUAUAGGAUGAGAAGAAGCGGUAAGAAACAACGGUGCGUGUCUCAGGAGAUAUGGGAGAGCUGGCAAAAGGCUUGGGAGGAUCCUGCAUUCAAGAGAAAGCGGGAGAUGUUUGCACAAAACAGGCGCAGUGAGACUGGCGGGGAUGGAGCAGGACCUUCGCGACACACAGGCGGAUCUAUAUCUGCUAUAGAGACAGCUCGAUUAUUAGCUAAAGAAUUAGGUCGUGAGCCCACACCGAUCACACCAUGGAGGUGUUUACCAUUACACUCACACGGAAAGGACCACGAUUCGAGAACUAUACUACAACUCGGGAGCGUAUUUGUUACCUCUCAGACCGAUAAUCCGAAGCUGAGUCAAAGAAUUUGA